CAUAUCUUUUUUGGGGGUGGCUAAACAAAAGGAGAAUACCUCGAGUUGACUUCCUGAAUUCAGCUAAAUGGAUGUCCUCGUCCACGUCGUUAUUUCUCUGCUGCUGGCACGAAAAGUGGAAGGGUCUGAAGUGAUGACCAUGUAUGUGCAGCAGGGAAAAGACCAGCUCUUCAAAGUGAAGGAUGAUGUUACAUUAACUGACAUUUUUGUAUGGAAGUUCAACAAAAAUGAUACUAUAAUAAGAUUAAUUGAUAACCAACCACCAAAAAUAUAUUCCUGUUAUGAAACAAGAUUUAGUCUAGUCCGACAUUUCUCGUUGCUUAUAAACAAUGUUCAAGCAUCUGACACUGGAGUCUACACUGCACUGCUGCUUGGUUCUCCAGACCAGACGUUGGCAGAAUAUCAUCUUCAAGUUCAAGCUGCAGUGUCACCCGUCAAGCUUGUGGUGGCGUCGGUAUCCACCAGCGACGACUUGUGUAACAUCACGGCGACGUGCGCAACCGACAAUGGGCGUGUCAACAGCACUUUUAGAUGUGAUCGUGACAACUGCAGUGAGGUGGAAAUGCGACAUUCAGGUGCCACAACCCUGGAUUUGUAUCUCCAGGCUUUCUUCCCCAAUGUCUCCAUCGUUUGCAACCACAGCAACAAGGUCAGCUGGACCAUGGAUGCAAAGGAGGUUCGUGACAUAUGCGUUGGAGAAUCUGACAAAAGUUCAAUAGCGAACUGGAUCUGGAUUCCAGUCCUUGCUGGUCUCGGUCUUGGCUUUCUUUCUUUUCUUCUUUACAAGUGGAUGACCUUCAGAAGUCAGGUCAAGGAAUCAAGGAACCGCGCCAGGAAUCAACACGCAGACCGCUUGGAGAGCAACCAUGCCAUUUUGAAUGCAUGUCACGUAAAUGAUGCAGCAAAUCUUUCUUCAACCUACGCCUUGGUAGAAUUUCACACAGCUCCGCAAGAACACCCCAUGACUGACAGGAUCUCGCCAGAGACGAUGUAUGCUAAAGUCAUGAGAGCAAAGCCCAAUGUGGACACGGGAUCUAAGUUUCACCAGACAAUAAAACCCUUAUAGGCAUUACAAUACAAAGUUGGUUUUUUUUUGGCUUGUUUUUGUUGGAAAUAUGAAAAAUCCGCCUGUGUGUAGUAGGGCUUAGUGAUGCUUCCUUUCAAAUUAAAGCAGUGACACUUGAUGAUGAUGAUGCGUAUAAUGGCUUUUGACACAGAACACCGCCAUGAUGUAAUUGUACAAUUCCUCUCUGCAGCCUGUUGUUUCUGCCAAGACUAGGUUGAAGUCCAAAGUCGUAAGAAAUGGUCAAAAUUCAAGAUGAAU